AUGGCUUCACCGAAAGAACGUCUGGACCUCUUCCGGCGCCAGGAGACAAACCAGGCUGGUCUACGGAACGAUCUGCUUGACGCAAGUUUCACAUCCGCCGAGUUCCUUGAGAAGAUCGAGUCACUACAGAAAGAGCUGGAUCAGUCAAGAAAUGCCGAAAAGCACUAUUACGAUCUCAUGAACCAAGCGAUGCAAGAAAACCGGGACUUGCAGAAGUCGAUGGACUGCAACCGAUUCAUCGCCGCACUCAUCGAUGGUGACAGUAUGCCCUUCCUUGACAAAUUCGUUGUCCGAGGUUUUGAUGGUGGAGUCGAGGUUGGCCGGCGGCUUCGACUCGCGCUGUCCAACUAUCACCGGACAAAUCCUCUCCACCGAGGUGAUGACAAGAUCGUCAUAUACAUUUCUGCCAACCUGCAUGGAUUGACUUGGGCAUAUACACUCGCGGGUAUAACUCAAGAGCAGUCUAGAGUUCGGGAUUUCUUUGUCGGCCUGAGCCAGAGCCACCCCCUGACCAGCUUCGUUGAUGCAGGUCAACAAAAAGAAGCUGCAGACUCCAAACUACGUGCACAGGUGGAGUUAUACUAUUCCAACUCACAUUGCCAACAAGUCAUCUUUGGUGGCUCUGACUGUGGCUAUGCUCCCUUUCUCGAUAUGCUUGCCAAUGCCGAAGACAUCAAUCGGAGGGUCACGAUACUCAGCCCUGCCCAUAUGCCACAUCGUAUGUUGCGGACCGUUGCCCAAUUUCUGAGGGUAGACUUCCCUGAGAUUUUCCGGGCAACGAAAAUAGUCACCAUCCAGUCCGAUAUCGAGCCGCUGCCGCUAUCCGGCCUCAAGCGACGCCUCAAUGAUGAAACGCCGCCUCAGCAGCGACAUCCGCCUCCCCCCUUUUAUAGUGGAUCCCAUGAGGCUCCUACCGAUAUUAAUAGGGUCGAUGAGUACAGCGCCGGAAGGCACUCCCCGCCCAACCCUGACGAGUAUCAACCUGAAAACCCUUUUCUGAUCAAUAACGCCCUUUCAGCGCAAACAUACUAUGUCAAUCAGUACGGCCAAAGACUCGACCAACCCCUGCUGUACGACAAGCAGUAUCUGCGUUUCCUUUUCACGAAGAAGGCUCGCCUAUGCAACAACUUUUAUCUCCGAUGUCAUUGUCCAUACGGCGAUAGCUGCCAAUGGGAUCACUCAGAGGAUCUGACUCCUCUUCAAAUCGACACUCUGAGACACAAGGCCAGAACUUCUGCCUGUCGUGACCCUUAUUGCAAUGAUGUCGCAUGUACGCUCGGCCACAUGUGCCCACGCCCGCCGGGUGCAUGCCAUAUGGAUGCCUGCAAGUUCUCGGAACAACAGCAUAACGUCUGUGUGGAACAAGUCUUUGAGAUAGACCCAGCUACGGGGUCCCGAACACAGGUGACCAUGUCCACUCCUGCAGACAUGGCAUUGGACUGA